AUGCAGUGCCUAAACAAUUCUAUCUUUUAUUAUUUUUUCUCGGUUCUUCAAUUUUACUUUACGAAAAGAGCCAUAAAUGACGACUUUGAUUUGCUUUUUGGACUUCUUGACGGCAGUGCUUCAUUGGCCAAGGAGUCGCUAGUAUACAGCUACGGGAGGAGCUUCAAUGGCUUUGCCGCCAAAUUAUCACCUCCAGAAGUUGAUACAUUCUCAAAAAUGGAGAGAGUGAUCUCAGUGAUCCCAAAUCACAAGCUUCACCUUCAUACCACUCACUCAUGGGAAUUCAUGGAUUUCUCCCCUGGCAAAAUUAGGCCACAGGAAGAAGGCAACAUAGUCAUUGGGUUUCUCGAUUCAGGAAUAUGGCCGGAAUCCGAAAGCUUCAACGAUGAGGGAAUGAGUCCUCCACCGGCCAAAUGGAAGGGGAAAUGCCACAACAUCACCUGCAACAACAAAAUCAUCGGCGCCCGAUACUACAACAGCGAAGGCUUAUACCCCACCACGGAGUUCAAGUCCCCGAGAGACGCCAUCGGACACGGCACCCACACUUCUUCCACAGCCGCCGGCCGGGAGGUCGACGGCGCUAGCUUUCUCGGUCUAGCCAAAGGAACCGCCACCGGAGGGGUCCCAAAUGCCAGAAUCGCUGUUUACAAAGUCUGCUGGGACAUGCUCGGAUGUUCCAACGCCGACAUUCUCGCCGCAUUCGAUGACGCCAUAGCCGACGGCGUCGACAUCUUGUCAAUGUCUCUGGGUUCCGACGACCCGCAACCGUUCUUCGACGACGCGUUGGCUAUCGGAGCUUUCCACGCCAUGAAACGCGGUGUAUUGAGCUCGGCGUCCGCAGGCAACUCUGGCCCUUCGCCGGCCACCGCUUCCAAUUUGGCGCCCUGGAUGUUGACCGUCGCAGCUAGUUCUAUGGAUCGCAAGUUCAUUUCUCAAGUCGUGCUUGGAAAUGGAGAAAUCUACCCGGGCAUCGCGGUUAAUAGCUUCAAGCUCAAUGGAACUUCGUUUCCGUUGGUAUGGGCCGGAGAUGUGGCAAAUUACUCCGGCGGUAAUGGUUUAUUGAACGCCAAGAAUUGCCUGCCGGGCAGUCUGAACUCAAACAAAAUAGCUGGAAAGAUCGUAUUAUGUAACAGUGUACUUGGAGACUACACCGGAGUCGUCAUGGCCAAUGGUUUGGGUGCGAUCGUCUCCUUCCCCAUUCCUUUUCUCAUCGAUAUUGCUUUAUCUUACCCUUUGCCCGCAACUCAAGUCAAGACUGGAGAUGGCGAUGCAAUUCUGGAGUACAUUAGAACAACAGAGAACCCCAUUGGAACCAUACUUGUUGGUGAAACGUGGAAGGAUAUAAUGGCACCUUACGUUGCUUCCUUUUCUUCCAGAGGACCGAACCGUCUCAACCCAGAGAUUCUCAAGCCAGAUAUAACUGCGCCCGGACUCGACAUCCUAGCUGCUUGGUCUCCGGUGGCAUCUCCAUCUGGUUCUCCAUUUGACACAAGGAAGGUGAAGUUCAAUGUAAUCUCUGGCACAUCAAUGUCCUGCCCUCACGCUAGUGCUGUUGCAGCAUACGUCAAGGCUCUCCACCCGAAUUGGUCCCCUGCCGCCAUCAAAUCUGCAAUCAUGACCACAGCCAAUGUAAUGGACCCAAGGAAGAAUGAUGAUCAUGAGUUUGCCUAUGGUGCUGGCCAUAUCAACCCAUUGGCAGUCACGAAUCCUGGACUUGUCUACAAUGCAUCUGAAGCUGAUUACAUUCAUUUCCUCUGCAAGCAAGGCUACAACACCUCUACCUUAAAGCAGAUCACCGGCGAGAGCAAUGCUUCCUGCGAUGGGGUAGUCCCAGGAAGAGCCUGGGAUCUGAACUAUCCAACGUUUGGUGUAGCAGUGGAGGAUGGUCAGUCUGUCAACGCAACUUUCACAAGAACAGUCACAAAUGUUGCCUCCACGAAUUCCACUUAUCGUGUCACUGUGCAAAUGUCGAGUUCUGUCAAUGUGGAAGUUCAUCCCAAGAAAUUGUCUUUCUCGACUGUUGGCGAGAAGAAGACGUUUACAGUGAAAGUCUCUGGCCCAAAGAUGGUCGAGCAACCGAUUCAGUCAGGCACCAUUGUCUGGAAAGAUGGAGUUCAUGUGGUUAGAAGUCCGUUGGUUGUUUAUACAAUCACCACAAAUUCAAUGACCACUUCGCCAUUUAGGCCAACUGAGAGAAUCAGAUUUGGGGCCAAUUCUAUCAAUUGGAACAUGCAUUUCUAG